AGGGUCCCAUUAAUAUGGGAAGUCAUUACCCUAUCCAUGGCCGCCACUAGCUUUCCGCCGAUAAAUACGACGGGAACAGUGGGGAGUUUCCGAGCAGCCUCACAAGUACCCUCUCUAUCUCUUUCCCCAUCAGGUGUUGAUCCAGUUCCUACCUGCAUGUCUUUUUCUAUUCUCGUGCACUGGGUUAAAACUGUGUUGGUGGACUGCCUGCUUCAUGGGAUGAGAAUCGUGUCCCGGAGCUUCUCAAGAAAUAUGGAGAGGUCGAGAAAAUUUAGCUUGCUCGUAAUAUGCCAUCUGCCAUCAAAAGGAUUUUGGAUUUGUUACCUACGAUACCCAUGAUGCUGCAGUGACCUGUGCUAAGAGCAUUAACAAUGAAGAGUUGGGUGAAGGGGAACACAAAAAGGUCGGUUUUCCUUUAAAAAAAAAUUAAAUUCUCGUUUCAAUUUCAUGUGUUUUUCCCCUUAUCAAAAGCUAGUUACUGUUUAAGGCUAAAGUGAGAGGCAAAGGAAAACACGUUUCUCCAGAUUUUCCGACCUGGACGUGGGGCUCCACGGGGUGCUGAGGGGUCCCUGGGUUCGUCCAGUACCACGCAGCCUCCCUAUACGUGCUGCUAAAAGAAUUUGAAGUCGUCUUCCUCCUUUUGAUCAUAGUUGAAGAGGCCAAUGGUUUGUCGAGAGGUUAAGAUGCCACUGGAAAUUCAAUAAUGUCAGAAAAGGCGACUGGCCGGAAUUGUUAAACCUCUUCGCAUACUGGUCUGUUCAUACGGUAUUGCCUUUUACUUGUGGAUGGUUUUCGUCUUGCGAUUAUGUUAGAGCAUCCAGUAAUUAUUUAGUCUUGUCCGAUUGGUGCCUUGUA